CUCGGCGUGUUAUUUUAUUUGGCCCUAUCUAUGAGUGGAUGAGUCAGCCGCCCUCGAAGAAACGCCGCAGCGGCGCCGGAUCUACGAAGAGGGAAGGUGGUGCUAUGAGUGGUAUGAGUGCGGCUGCGAUGAGUGAUCAUGAGUCGGAUGGCGGCCGGCCGGCUGUCCUCCCGCAGUAUCUCAACCUGGGGGAGUUUGUGAGGGCCCGUUUCAGCGAGAUGAAGACGUUCGCCACCAACCUCGCUGAGUCGAGGUCCACCAAACGGGCCUUCCAGCUGCUGCCCAAAGACCAGAGGUAUGUAUGUAUGUGCAUACAACAAGCAGACGGAGGGAGGCAGCAAGGCAGACGAUUCUUUGACUCAUGCAUUGGCUCACGGCUGGCUGCUUUGUCUUGCUUGUGCGGGUGGGUGUGCCUUUUCAUGUAGGCGUCGUGCGAUGUCACACAAUCCCUAUCGCAUUCCGAAGCGGCACCGCACCAUCGUCCUGCGCGAUAUGGCACGCACUCCGCCAAAGGUGGAAAGAGAUGGAGAAGUUCACGUGAGAACUGCGAAGAUUGGUGUUUGUUGGGUUUGGUGCCUGCUCACGGAUGUGAUGGCAGGAGAGUCGCCGUGUGCGCAAGGACAGGCGGCGGCCCAGGCACCUCCUCGAGAUCUAUGCGGCGAGGUCAGGCUUGGAGGGAUGGAUAGCUAUGGUAUAUUAUUCGACAAUUGCCUGCCACCUUGGUUUGUCUGAGGGGUGUCUGUCUGUCAGGUCAGCCAAGAAGCGAUGGCUCGAGACCCACAUAUGGCACGGUAGCUAUAUGCAUGCGCGAUGCUGGUUUGCGACUCCUGAAGAUGUGUCUGUCCAUGCAAUGCAGCCAAGCGUAUGCACAUGGAGGAGCGGUGGGGCUAUGCGCUGGCCAGCCAUCCGGUUGAGAGGUGCCAACGGGCCGUCUACCGAGCCGCACACAGACGAUGUGUCAUUCAUGACAGGUGUGGUGUGCAUCCGAGAGAAAGACGGAGCCGCUGGCGCAAUCCUGCCGGAUCUGUGUCUGUCUUAAUUAAUGGUGCAGGUCAUACAUGCAGGUGGUUGAGGUGCGGGGGUCGCCUGAGAGGAUCCGCCAGCUCUUCCAAUGCUGCCAGGCCGACCUGCGCAUCAUCUUCAACGCUCACUUCCUCCCCGGCCACCACCGAGGCACCAUCCACCUCUACACACACGACACACGCACACUCAUCGCACCGGUGUCAUUCCUCUGGGAAGUCCAGCAGCAUGACGAUGAUGCCGCUGCCGCCCGUCGUGUGUGGCUGUGGGUUCACCCGAGUGCGGCCAAGACGUUGAUGGCGGCGCUUGAGGGGGCCGUGGGGGCGAUGGACGGACAGGGGGAGAGUGGCGGCCUGAGUGUGGGGCUGGUUGAUGGGAUGGUGUGUUAUGAGCUGACGGGCGCCCAGAGCAUGCAGAUACUGGCCAGGGCUAUCACGCCAACGAAGAAAUGUGAGCAGGGACGCAGGGAGGGGGACGGGGCAAGCGCUGGUGUUGAUGUGUGUGUUCAUGUCUGUCUGCGUGUCAGGGUUGACCAGCCCUUCUGGUGGCAUUUGGAAGGAGCUGCUUCGAUCCUGCCGACAACACGUAAGAUGGCUGGACACUCACUGUGCUCACGUUCCUGGGUGUGUGCUUAGGUGUUGCCGCCUAGUGGCGCUGUGUUAGGCUUGGAGAUCCAGAUACCGCCAGUGCUUGGUAGGUAAGCCAACACACCCAACACGACACGACUGGUCAACGAACACCGGAACAGCACACGUUUGCCUCGUCGUGUUUUCAGGGCCGUUCCCACCGGGAAGGCGACUUCGAGACCUGCCAGUCGACAAUGGUACGCGCCUGCAGCGGAGAUUGACAUCAUGACAUCAUAUCGAUUGUUUGCGUUCAUUUUCUAUUGUCUGUCAGACCCGCCAAAUGUCGUGACGCCCCCCUGGCUGCUGCAGUGGCCCAAAGAGGUAGCACAAAGCCGCCUGUGGGACGCGGAUGCGCGGGAGAGAAGCAGACUAUCAAAACCAAAACGGUAAGACGGAUCCAGGAGCAGCACAUGUGCAGGAAGCCACAUUGGUGUCGUCUUACCGUAUUGCCGGUAUUGUGUCAGGUUCACGACUCGUAGCCGCAAGCGUAAGACCAACAUCAAAGCUCUCUUGGAGAGGAUCGAAGCCAAACAAGGUCAGUCAGUGAACAGAGGGCAAGGGAGGGGAAAGAUGGCGAUUCACUCUGGCCAUUCUUUCCCCUCAGCUGCCCUCGCAUCCCUCCUUGAGGAGCCGUCAGCACCAUCCCAGCCAACUGCUGCUGCUGCUCCGUCACGACCGCCAAAGCCACCUGCCGGCCCACAGGCGUCUGCUCGUCCAUCAGGUGUGACGGAGGAUCACCCGAUGGCCGAGGGGACCGACAAGGGCACGGUGUCAGCGGGCGUGCCUGCGCUGCUCGUCUGCCGCAGGUGGGGUGAGGUGACGUGAAUGCAAACAGGGGGAGGGAUUAAUACGGUUGUGUGUGUUGGUGUAUGUUGUGUCUUCAGCAAGGAUGACGGUGGUGGGUUCGGUGGCUAUGACCUCAUCUUGCCCACGGGAUGCGGCGCACCCAGACUCUGGACGUACACAACACACACACACACACUCUCACAGAAAAGCGAUGAACAGUGGGAGAGGAGCGGCUGUCCCUUGUGUUGUGCGUGUCAGGUUGAUGGCUCGUGCCAAGGCGCGACCUAUCGGUCACCGCGACCGCCACAAGCUGCACGACAUCGGCGUGGCCGACUUCCCGUGGGACUUCCCUGAGACGGAGGCGGGCAAACUGCUGGAAGCUGAGCUGGCCAGGUGACACACAGCAGCACAGCUACCUGCAUCCCGGACACAGGCUCACGUCGUCUGUAUGUGCGCCAUUCAGGGAGAGCAUGGUGCGGUGGGGCCGGCGUCCGGCCUCUAAGCGCGUCAACUAUCCCCUCAUCGGCAUCCCCUACCCGUUCUGCCCUCACUGGACAAACGCAUGCACAAACGCCAUGCAGCAGCAGCAGCCGCAGCAGCAGCAGCCGCAGCAGUCUAAAGGGGCAGUGGCGGAGAGGCAGAAAGAUGAAAAGCGGGGCGGCUUCUCGGCCAUCAGAACUCUCUCAGAGGUGAGGACAACGGACGAAAGCCGUCUACUCUCGCCGUCUGCACCUGUGCUGAGUCCAUUCAGAUUCUUGCAUUCUCGAAGGUAACGCGGAAGCGACUGGCAAAUGACGCCGCAACACCUCCCUCUGAUGCCGACCUGCUCGAGUGGGGGAGCGUGCUGCUGCCCGUCAAGGUCAUGGUGCACCGCAGAGGCAUCGCCGACCGGCUCUCUCACCUCUUCCACAUGACGCCAGACGACGUCAGGGCAUUCAUCAAAGGCGAGAGGAUCGACGAAUCGUCUCCCCUCUGCCCGCCAGCAGUCGCUUCCCACCUCUCGAGCUGGAUCGACCUGCCCAAGCCGUCCAGACCGCCACGCCGGCCACCCCCCUCCCCCGCCCCCCUUGGUCAUCCGAUUGGCUCCUCUGUGCCCCGUGUGCCGCGGCAUGAACCGCCGACUUUCUUGGAGGGAAUGCAUCCGGCAUUCAGGCACCGGAAGAGCAAAAUGAGGGACAAGCUUAAAAGGCGGGAGGAGGCCAAAAAGGGUGGUGCUGGCGACAACGAGGCUGAUGUGAGCGGUGAAGGUGAGGAGGAUGUGUGUGGUGGCUUUGAGUCGAGUGUGCCGUGUCGAAGUGUGAUUGGCUUCGUCACCACUGGAGGUGGGCAACAAAGGGGGAAGAUCGGAUGGAUGGAUGGAUGGAUGGAUGGAGGCAGGAGCAAUGACCCUUCUCUUGCUGUGGAUGCAUUGAUUGAUAUAUACAGGUCAGUCCCUCAAGCUGGGCAUCGGCUGUGGCACAGGUGAGAACUAACUGUCACACAUAGCUAUGUGCGGGUCCGUCCAUCGUAUUGAUCUGAGUGUGUGUCCAUCUCCCACCGUCUUAACACUGACAGGUUGUGUGUCGGCUGCCUUCUUCCUCCGGGCUGCAUCGGAGCAGAUGCAAGUCAUACACCAAGGUGAGUGAGCACAGAGGAAGGAGGCGAGCACGGCGCUGGGCUGCUCUCGCAAUCACUCACUCCUGGCUUGUCUGUCUGUGUGCAUGGGCGGUGGGUGGUUCGGUUCAGAGUUGGGAGGCAGGAAGUCGCCCCGAGCAGAGUUGCGUUCGAUAUGUGUGUUGGUGUGGCUGCGACAGACGUCAUCGAGAUACUACAGACCCGGUCAGGCAGUGAGUGACAAUUGGCGACACGAUGUUAUGUGUGCAUCCUUCCUGUGUGUGUGUGUGUGUGUGUCUGCAGCAUGGGUGACGCCGUCGGCCAAUGUGAUGCCGUUCUGAGGGUCUGAGAUACUGUCGGUGUUGUUCGGUACUCAAUUGUAUGCUCUGUGUAGGUCUUCAGUCAGCUACAGCCCGG